AACAGAAUACAUAGUCGUAACCGUAGUUUCGUAGCGCGCGGCUUCAGUCCGCAAGUAGCUUUCGCGGCGCGCGCGCACCCGCCUACGCAACCGUUCCUUUCAAACCCGCGCGACAUGCCUCGCAGUCGAUCGAAGGACCAACUUCGUCCCUUCUAUUGAUCCCGAAAAAGUGUUUGACUGACGUUCAGGACUAUGUUGUGAUGUGAUUGUGAGGAUAUGCCGAGUGAUGGUGUCCACAAUGAGUGCGCCGCAGAAUUGGCACAAAUGGCUAGUGCUCGCGCUGCUCGGAUUGGCUUUGUCCGCUCAGCCAAUUGGUUGCGAUUACACUGCCAUCGUCGAGAAAUUUGGAGCGGAAGCUGUGGAUCGGUGCAAUGAAAAAUGCCCAUUCCAGAACCGUACUGGAGAUGGCCGCUUCGACGUCAACUGUGGUGCUGAAUGCAGCGUCCAGCAGUGUACGCUGGGCUGCAGUUUGUGGAGGCAAGGAUUGGAGCUUUCUUGUCAAACAAUAUGCAAUGUUACUUCCGAAACGGUAGUCUCCCGUGAGCUCUAUUGUGUCAUGGGAUGCAUUGAAGCUCUUAACACGUACUUCCAAAAGCUAAGAGACUUAAUCGGCACUCCUCCUGCACCGGCGCUAGUCGCGGACAGUUUGACCGCAACCUCCCUCUCCUUGGUAUGGGAGGCGCCCACCCUCGGCAACCUGAGCUACUUGGUGCAGUGGCGAUAUGAAGAGCUACCUGGGACCUGGCAAUACUAUUCCAAUUCUAGUCAUUCCGACCGCUCCAUCAUUCAUGUGGAGAAUUUACGGCCAUACACUAAAUAUAGGUUUCGAGUGGCUAUCUUCCUUUCGAGCCGCAGCGGCGCCAGUGAGCCAGUCUACUCCGCACCGUCAGUCGUCAUCUCAACCCUUUCGAGUGGCAAGCCGAGUUCCACGCCGUCUGCCUUACGCGCUGCUGCCCCAGAUUCAAGCAGGAUAGCCAUUUCAUGGGAACCGGGUGCGUUCCCAAAUGGGCCGCUCAUUUCGUACGUGCUGCGGCUUUCGGAUCUCAACUCUAGUCUGCCCAACACUCUCUAUGUGGAGGACAUGCCAGCCUCCAACUAUACAUUGUUCUACAUGUUCCAAAACCUGGCGGCGGGGCGUAUGUACGAGGUUUCAGUGGCCAUGGCCAACGCAGAGGGCGAGGGACCGCCGGCUUUCGUCAAUGUCUCCACACCUGCUCAACCCUCAUCGGUGACUAGUCAACAACCUAUAUUGAUAUUGGGUGGAGAGCAGAACAUCUUAGCCGCGCCGGCCAACGAUAUGCUCUCCGACCCAGUGGAACUCUUUAGUACAACCUCUAACCAUACUAUAACGGGUGUCGGCCUAGACGUAUCAAGCGACUACCUUUUCGUCUCCGUAUCCAACGGCUUCGUCUACCGAAGCUCCCUUACCAACAAAACUAUCCCAAAAGCCAUUCUCACACCCGACACGACAGCCUACCAACCGCUAGACUUGUCGGUCGACUGGUUGAACAGGCACCUGUACGUGCUAGGGAAGGUUCGCCAUGGGAAGGAGGACUGGUUGGAACACUGGGAGAUUUUGAGAUGCGAUUUUGAAGGGAAGAACCAGCUGGUUGCGUUGUCUGGCUUCACUUCUCCGCCGAUUCAUUUUGAGGUGGAUGCCUACAACGGUUACCUUUUCUGGGCUCUCCGAGGCGUAGAGCGCGGCGGUCUAUACCGACUGGACCUUGCAGACAUAUCAAACGGAGUCCGACAUGAAUCUCCUCCCGAGCGUAUAGUACCGGACGCGCACCUGGGAGGCUUUACUGUGGACCACAAGGACUUUAGGCUGCUGGUAGCUCAUCUUAGACAAAACACCGUGUUGGCUGUGUCACUCGACGGACGAGAAAUCUCAGACUUUCGGCACAAUAUGCAAAAACCAAUGUUCAUGUCAACGCGCUCCAUAGCGUACGUCAACGGCCUCUUCUACUGGACCAACGGCAAAGAAAUGCUCACAGAAGAAUACCACAAGAUCAGCGACAACUAUUUCCACAACGAAUACCCAUUGUUCUUUAACAAUAAGAAGAUAGCGACUCGACAAGUGCUCGUGGCUUGUUGUCAGCCGAUACCAGUGCCAGUGAAUCCACCAAUAGGAGUUCAGAGCGUUAUGGGCAUAACUCGCGCGAAGGUGUCUUGGUCUCCGCCGCAUUUGCUGGGACACCAGGGCAGUGGCGCGUGGCAACAGUGGGCCUUUCAUUUGCAGUUGCAACAUGUGGACAGUGGGGAGAUUAUAGACAGAAAAAACAUAAACGGAUCUAUGUAUGUUGUGGAAGAUUUAAAGCAAGAUGCCAACUAUACUAUUAAAGUUGCAGCUGUUACAAAAUCGGGCACAGGUCCUUGGUCAUCAGUGUUCUUUGGCAAAACCUUAGCGUCAUCCCCUACAACGUUAAACAGCACGUUAGUGUGGUCCGGCCCGGAUGGUCUACUCCAAACGGACUUGACUGGUGACAACCUACAAACAUUGAUACACAGGGAACAUCUAAAGAAGAUCCACAUAAUUGAUAUAUCCUGGUACCGAGACAUGCUGUACCUAGUGACGAAUGUGUCGACCGUGAUGUGGUACAACACCACGUCUCACGAGAAGGGAUUCAUGAAUAAUAUGGAGAACGUGGGCAGUCUGGCCGUGGAUUGGGUCGGAAAGAGGAUUUACUGGUCCAAUCCUAAGCAGCAGUUGAUCACCCGAGGAAACCUAGACGGCAGUAAUCGAGAACCAGUCCCCAUAGUCACCGUAGCCAAAGAGCUGACCAUCGACUCACUGGGAGCGUACAUUUAUUGGAAUACUGGGCACGCCGUGGAAGCGGCGCGGCUCAAUGGCGAGAAGCGGAUGGUGUACUACCCGGCUCAGUUAUUUAGUGGGAAGCAGGUGAUGGGCCUCACAGCUGACUUGGAACAGAAGUGGUUGUACUGGCUGGUGCGAAGCUACGACGGUUCGGAACUACAUCGCGCAAGAACUGCGGACCAAAUCUCACAGAGUGUGAAUGAGGUUUCGGGUUCGCUGGUGUCUCGUCUCGACGGCACGGCCACGCGGGGCUCGCUGUGCUACUACAGCGGGCGGCUGGUGUGGGUGGCGGACGCGUCGCGCGCGGUAGUGUCCGACCUCGAGGGCCGCAACACGGCCGAGCUGGUGGCGCGCGUGCACGUCAUCGCCGUGCGCGACCCCACGCCUCACGUGCACAGCGAAUCCCUGAUAGCCAUUCCGGACACCAUCAACGCUUCCUCCAUCGAUGUGUCGGGCGUAUGGGACCGCUUCAACGUGACUUGGAACCCGGCCGCUGAAGUCAAUGUCAACAACAGUCGCGUCUACUAUGAUGUCGGUCUUAACUUCUCAGGGAUACUUAAGAUUGAGAAAACCAUCGAUGUGCCAUGGCUGGAAGUGCAAUCAAACAAGACGCACAACAUCCCGCCAUACAGCGCAGUGGAGGUGACCGUUAGGGCGCACACGCACUGGGGCGGCAGCGCGUCGGCGCGCGCGCGGCGGCAUUCCCCGCAGGCUGCGCCGUCGCCGCCGCGGCAGCCGCGCGUUUACACGCAGUGGACUAGCAGUGGAGGCGCUUUAUCAGCAAUAUUCCGCUGGGAGCCACCCGCGCACGCGAACGGAGUCGUGCGCGGGUACGAAGCGCGCUGCUGGACGGCGCCGCCCGUAGCCGCACCCGCGUGCGGGAACCGACUCGCGCCUUCUCACACGCAGCUCGUUGUCCCUCUUACCGCUGGAGCCACUUAUUACUUCCAGGUCCGAGCAUUCACCGACGCAGGUUUCGGCAACUACUCAACCAUCGCAACAGCCACCAACCACGUCAGCCCCAUCCCCAAAGUCAUGAUAUCCUCCCAAGAGUUCCUCAAAAUCGUUGACUUGGACUCUGGAGAGAGCGAAACGAUUCCGAAAAGUACUGGGACACCUGUCGACUUCGCUGUGUCUAUUGAAGAGAAUGUGGUGUACUGGGCGAAUAAUUUGGAUGAGAUAUUCUCGUCGAAGAUCAACGCUAGUGGACAUUUUAAGUUGGCUUCAAUAAACGGGACAGCGACCAGCAUCUGCACAGACUGGGUGAGCCGCUCGGUGUACCACGCGCAGUCAGAAAUCACCUCAGUAUCAGAGAGCUAUGUGGUGUACCGUGCCGACUUGGCCGUGAUAAACACAAGGCCUAGGCUCCGCUGGCUGUUCGCUAGCAAGAACCCUGUCUACAGUCUACAAGUCGUCCCUUCGCAGAGGUCACUGUACUGGUACGAAGAAAGCAACUAUCCAGGUUUAGGAACAUUAAUGACGUCCACGACAGACGGAAAGAAUAUCACAAAGUUCUUCAAUCUAACUGAAGAAACAAAAUUGAAGGACGGUUGCGACUGCCCGGAAAGCCCUCAAGUAGCCAGGACUUUCGUUCUGGACACAACUGGUGACAAACACGAGCUGUACUGGGUCGACCCCUGGGUGCCUCGCAUCAUGGCCGCCGAUCUAAGAGGCUGCCGUUGCAGAGCCGUCGUCGAUGCCACAGACAAGAAAAAAUACGGUUUCAUCCCCAUGUCAAUUACGGUCGAUAGCAAAUACAUCUACUGGUUCAAUUCCACAGAGAAAAUAAUUUAUUACACGAACAAACAUAAAAGAAAUAAGAUUGAGCAAGUCAAAACCUCGCACGGUUACAAGAUCAUGGCAUUAGAUUCGGGGACUCAGCAGUAUCCUCAAAAUAAGUGUUUAUUCGCUGCGGCAGAACCUCGAACUUUAGUACCUCAAGUAAUAUCAACUACAGCGAGUAGUUUAACUCUACGUUUACCUCCUGUAAGAAGACCAAGAAGCUGCCCUGAUACGUAUAACAUGCCCUCAACAGAGUACACAGUGCACUAUCGCUUGCCUACUAUAAACGAAGGGGCUUGUAACAAAGAGCUAUGUCCUAUUCUAACGACAACUAAAACGGACUUAACCAUACCGAAUUUGAAGCCGUUUACAAUGUACAUGGUGACGGUGGAAGCGACCAACUAUUACGAGAAGCUGUACGAGGUCAAACCUAUCACAGGGUGGCCAGUUGUAUUUCAAACCGCUGCAGAAGCUCCCACGGCCCCAAAAGGAGUGACAUUCAAAGUGCUAAGUCCGGUGCUGGCGCGAGUAGAGUGGAAGCCCGACCCUGGCUUCUGGUACGAGCUGCACUGGAGGACCGAAGACGCCUCCGAACAACACAAGUUCAAGGAACACAACACAUUCGAGGUGUCAAAAGGUGGCAGCGCGAACAUGACACGGCUAACGCCUUCAACAUUAUACACCGUCUGGGUCCGCGCGCUCUCCAACCACAGUUCACAAUCUACGGAUUCCUCGCCGCUGCAACUAAGGACCUACCCUCUGCCGGCACCCGUCGCCCUCAAGACCGCUGAAGCUUAUAAACUACUGGUUUUGUGGCCACCGCCUACGUCGUAUAAAUUGCAUAAGUAUGCAGUGGAAUAUUCAGAAAUGAACCAAUCAGGUGGCAACGCAUGGCACGACGCGAUUUCGGUGGACCGCAACGGUCUGUGGGCGGCCAGCCCGCUCCGCCCCGGCGCCCGCUACCGCUUCCGCCUCCGCCUGCAGUACGUGCCCGGCGGCCCGCCGUACCACUGGCCACACGACGAACGGUUCAGCUUUGAAACUAUUGGUGACGUGCCAGCGGCUGUGGGCGCGCUACACGUUGACGUGGUGGACGCGCUGGGCUCACGCGUGCCGCGCGCGUGGUGGGCCGAGCCCGACCCGCGCGGCGCCGCCGUCGACCACUAUCGCGUGUGGGGCCGCCCGCACCACAGGUCAUACCAGGCCAACGAAAGCUUGACGAAGGAUGUAUCGGAGCUGCUAAAGGACCUGCCGAGUGACCUGGACGAUGAUUUGAAGACUCGUAUAGUGCGAGAAGGCCUGGAACUGUUGCACAACGGGACAGAUACAUACUGGAUAAUCGGUGCCGGCAAGGUAUCCGAAGGCUACUCCGCCAUGGUCCAAGCGCACAACCGCUACGGCUGGGGCGCCUUGUCGCCGGCCGCUGAGCUGGACGCCGCGCCGCUCGCGCCCGCCAUGCGGCCCCACCCGGUGGCGCUCGCUAUCGCUGUGGCCGCACUGGCCGCGCUCGCUCUCGCUGUAGCUGCCUGUGUGUUCUACACCUACAACAAACGGAACGAGAAGAAAACUGCUUUAGAAAAUCAGAUGCUGAACACAGUACCGAGACGGGGUCCGGAUGUAGAACUGGCUACGCUGAGGCAGCUGCCCAUACGGCACUCCACCAAUAUACUGUACAAUCAGGGCGUCCACUGUCCGUCAGACGCGGAGCUUGCCAGUCUACCCCACAUCCGACGUGAACAGAUCACUCUGACGAAGUUCUUAGGAUCCGGCGCCUUUGGAGAAGUGUUUGAGGGCGUAGCGCGGCAUAUUGAUGGAAACAACUCGGACACUAAAGUCGCUGUUAAGACGCUGCGUAAAGGAGCGACGGAGCAAGAAAAAAACGAGUUCCUAAAGGAAGCUGCGCUGAUGUCGAACUUCAAGCACGAGCACAUCUUGAGGCUACUCGGCGUGUGUCUCGACAACGACCCGCAUUACAUCAUCAUGGAGUUGAUGGAAGCUGGGGACCUGUUGAGCUAUCUACGAGCCAAGCGGGCUUCACUGUACACACCGGAAUCGCUAACGCUCUUGGACCUGCUAAACAUGUGCGUGGACGUGACCAAAGGCUGCCGCUACCUCGAAGAGAUGCACUUUGUGCACCGCGACUUGGCUUGUCGUAACUGUUUGGUUGCUACGCGGGCGAAUGGUCGAGUUGUGAAGAUCGGAGACUUUGGACUCGCGAGGGACAUUUAUAAGAAUGACUAUUAUAGGAAGGAGGGUGAAGGAUUGCUGCCAGUGCGAUGGAUGGCGGUGGAGUGCCUCGUGGAUGGCGUGUUCUCUUGCCAGUCCGAUGUGUGGGCGUGGGGCGUGCUUUGCUGGGAGGUCCUGUCGUUGGGUCAACAGCCUUACCCAGCUCGCACCAACCGAGAAGUGCUAGGCUACAUCCGCGCGGGCGGUACGCCGGAUCGCCCGCCGAACUGUCCUUCACUUUUCUACGAGCUCCUGCAGAAGUGCUGGAGCUACAACGCGGAGGCGCGGCCGUCGUUCCGGCAGUGCCUGGAGCUGGUGACGACGCUGCGCGACGCCACGCCGCCGCGCGUCGCGCUCGCCGCCACGCCCGCGCCGCCGCACUACCUCACGCUGCUGGCCGACGACGCCGUCGACAACCGCACCUACCUGCUGGAUGAGAAUGACAACGCUUUCUUAGAUGAGGAUGCUGACCACCAAAUGGAGCCAUCGCGUUUACUCCCCGAACGCGCCCCGAAGUACCUCGAGCUCAUGUACGACAGCGACUCCGCCGGCGUGUGCGACGGCUACGAAAUACCGAGGACACCUUUCCCCAACAUCCCCUCAACUCGACACAGCAUCAUAGGCGUCGCGCCCAACAGACUGAUAAAGCCACCGAUAUACCGGACGCAUUCCCUGCGAGCCAACACUAGGCCUCCAAACGCAACUAUAAUUCCGCUGCGGAACGGUCUGGUCAAACGAGCUUCGCUGUGCGACGCGCUAACUCGCGAGAGGCCGGACGCGAUAGACUCUAACGAUCAUUUCAAGACUUCUUUUUGAACUGUGAUAUUAGGACAUUUUAUUUUUGUGUACAGUCAGCAAAUGUAAUCUUUGUAAACUAUGAGAAAUUGCAUGCAGUAAAUAAAUUAGUUUUGCUUACUGUACAUUAUUCCACCGAUCUGAACGCUUUAGUGGUAGUAUUUAAUGUUAUUUAUUUAUUUAGUUAAGCUGUAAAUAGUCUAUUCGUUGUACAUAUUAAUUUAAGACAACGUUUAUUUAAGCAUGGGACUCAUGUGGUGUUUAGAAUGUAAUAUGCAUUUAUGAUAAGUUUCCAAGCCAUUCCUAACUAUUGAAUGCGUCGAAAUGUCAAAGUUUUCUUUGUACACCGUAAUGAAAAUAAAACAGUAAUUCGUCUA